AUGGCAUCACAAGAAUCUGAGGUACCCCAAGAAGAGGGAGAGGAGGAGCUGCAAAUAUCGGGACCGCUUCUCAUCAAUAAACUUCAAGAAGCUGGCAUUCAUGCACAAGAUAUCAAGAAACUGGCAGACGCCGGUUUCCACACUGUCGAGUCGGUCGCAUAUACGUCCAAGAAGAACCUCAUUAGCAUUAAGGGUAUAUCGGAGCAGAAAGCAGAGAAAUUCUUGGCAGAAGCACAAAAGAUUGUGCCUCUCGGCUUUCAAAGCGCCACUGAAGUACACGCACGGAGGUCUGAGCUCGUACACAUUACGACGGGCUCAAAGAACCUUGACACAUUACUGGGAGGCGGAAUUGAGACCGGCUCAAUCACUGAAUUCUUUGGGGAAUUCCGCACAGGAAAAUCGCAAAUAUGCCAUACAAUCGCUGUGACAUGUCAACUUCCGGUCGACAUGGGAGGCGGCGAGGGCAAAUGCUUGUAUAUCGACACUGAAGGCACCUUCCGUCCCGUGCGUUUACUUGCCGUUGCGGAGCGGUACGGUUUGAACGGAGAAGAGUUCGGAAUCGCAGUCGUGUUCAGCAACCAGGUAAUGUCCACCCCCGAUGCGGCCGCUGGUCCAUAUGCAUCAAAUGAGAAGAAACCCAUCGGUGGCAACAUUUUGGCACAUGCUUCCACUACACGCCUGCAAUUGAAGAAAGGUCGUGCCAACACCCGUAUCUGCAAGAUUUACGAUUCACCCUGUCUGCCGGAGUCCGAGACAUCGUUUGCCAUUCUGCAAAGUGGGAUUGGGGAUCCAGAAGAGGAAGAGUGA